UGCUGGUGGAUGCCGAGAACGCCACGUACAAAUGGUUUGAGCAGUGCGGAGUCACAUGAAAGUACCUUGACCCGGAAAUGAACGGUCUUGAUGCGAUUCCAAGUACUCGAUCAUAUGCUAUGGGAGAUAUAUAAAGGGAAGGCAUUCGCUUCUUCAAUUAAGCUUAGGAUGGGCAUCUCUGCUGAUCCUAUAGGACAAUAUUGGCAAACUGUCGCAUAUGUUGAAGCUGCGUCCACAGCAAUCUUGCUUUUUGACUUAUGCAUCACUUUUGGCUCAGAGGUUCGUUGGACAUGGGGGAGAAAGUGGGGCAUAUUGAGGAUAGCUUUUGCUAUUUCUCGCUAUCUGCCAAUUGCAACUGUUGCUAUGUACCUAUAUUAUGGCGUCCAGUCAAGUGACAGGGUAACUCCAUAUUCUGGGACAUACAUUGUCGUAAUCGGCACCAUGAAUGCUUUAGGUGUUGCUGCUGCUGACGUCAUGGUCACAGCAAGGGUGUACGCUUUUUGUGGGCGUGAAAAGAGGAUAUUGGUUGCGAUGUCAUUCUUCAGCACAGUCAUGAUUGCAGCUACACUAAUACUUCUGCACGUCGUUGCAAGUAAAUGUGGAAAAUCUACUUGUGACGUACGCGAGGAAAAACAAAUUUUAGGCGUUCUCUAUGUUUUGCCCAUGACCCAUCAGCUUGUAUUGAUGGCCCUUAUGGUGCACAAACAUUUCAAAUUUUACCAAAAGGAAAAUACUCCAUUGGUUUUUACUGUAUAUCGGGAUGGCAUGAUUUACAUGCUGUGCAUUGCCCUGGCCUCUUUAGUGAGCUGUGUGGGCAUCAUCGAGCUUCCUUCACCAUAUUCCAACCUUUUCUAUAGCCCGCAGGUAGUCGUGUACAGCGUUUUUGCCUCACGCAUCAUGUUCAAUCUACACGCAACAUACGAGUCGCAGGAUAUCUUUGGAACCGGGCCAGUUUCCUCGAGCAUAGUGAUUGCUUGACCAAUCCGAAUGACUUCCUGUGUGUCGUCCAGAGAUGUUGGAUAUUACAGACGUUUGACUUACGUUUCACCAUGACUGGUAUUAUAUACAUACUUUCAACUUUCAACCAUAGCUGUACUGUAGUUCUCUCUCUGCGUGCAUGUCCCCUGCUUUCCUUCCCUACUUUCAUACUUUUGCUGCUUAGUCUUCG